UUUUGAGUGUGGCAACCGAGGAGGGGACGAAACCCGAGUAAGCCGGAGCGGAUUCUUCUCUCUCUGCGGCCGCCUCCGCCUUCGCCGUCGGCUCGAUCGCCGUUUCUGCUCUUCCUCUAAGGAUCACAAACAUGGUUUUCCUGGAGGUAGAAAUGGCAUGGAAUGUGGUAAUUUUGCCUGAACAACUCGAUGCAAAUGGACUCCUCCUCCACAAAGCCAUUAUCUUGCGUCUUAUGGAUGACAUAGCAAAUAGAAAGGCAUCGAAGGAGCACGGGUACUAUGUUGCAGUUACUACCUUGAAUUCAAUAGGUGAAGGAAAGGUUCGAGAGCUGUCAGGAGAUGUUCUUUUCCCUGUGACUUUCAGCUGCAUCACCCAGAAACCCGCUAAAGGUGAGAUUUUAGUAGGGACCGUGGACAAGAUUCUGAAGCAAGGCAUAUUUCUGAAAUCCGGGCCAAUAAGUAGUAUAUUCCUUUCGGAGAAGAUGAUGAGGGAUUACAAAUACGUUGGAGGGGAGAACCCAAUGUUUUUGAAUGAUAAGCACGCAAAGCUCGAAAAGGACACCAUGGUGAGGUUCAAGGUACUCGGUUUGAAGUGGUUGGAAUCUGAUAGAGAGUUUCAAAUUCUUGCAACUCUGGCAGGUGAUUUCCUUGGGUCUUUAUGAAGCAGUGGCAGUGACAGCUGCAUGUAUGAUAAGAAGAAGGGCAUCGGAUGGAGUUAGAGCUUGCGAUUUGCUAUCUGCGUAUGGCGUGUGGGAUGGCAUUUAUGUUUUCAUGAUCCAACGUUGCUUGUGAGCUGUAUGGUGAUUGUUGUGAAUAUUUGGCUAACCCAUGAUGGGGAAAGUUAGAUGCAUUAAAUUAGGAGUUGGAAGAUACGGGUGAACCUUUUUUCCUUUGAUCUUUUUGUAUUUUUUUGUUAUUGUUUGAAGGGCAACAUUUUGAUGCUUUGGCAACAUAUGCAUUUAUGCUUUAUAUGUAUGAUAUGAUAGGGUUUUAGAACG